AUGCCAGACUUGCUCAACUUCGGGAAAGCCUCAUGUAGCAAGAAAGCAACGACCACCCCUCAUCACCUCCACCCGACACGGAACGAACAAACGAAAGAAGAACGCGACAUGGCUCAGUCGGAUCAUCAGACCUUCAGCCCACCGCCUGCCAACAGAGAAACCUACAGGGACCUACUUGUCUUCGAGGAACGUCUGAAACAAAAUGCUGAGCGCCUCCAACGACAACGGAUCAAAUACGAAGCGUUCUUGGUCACUAUCAUCGCUGCCAGUCUUCUCCUGGCCUACAAGACUUUCAUCGUCAUCUCCCCCUAUAAGCUCAUUCAUUAUCUCUACGUCGCACUCUUCCUCGUCUCGAUUACCACGUUGAUUCUGUUCUUUGCUACUGGAAUGUACACAGACCAAAUCGCAUACGCUUACAAAUUUAUACCACAAACAAAUAGAGCGUUGCGACCGUUCAACAUGUUUCUAAUUACACCUUCGACGGCCCGUUCGUUGACACGGACGAAUCAGAGUGGGUCAGUGUGGAGUCUGCUCGGACGGGUAUCAUUGGGCCUGCUCAUAGACGGCCUACUGGGCAAGCCAUUCAAGCAGCUCUUCCGACGGCGGCCAGGCCCAUCGGCGCUUGCGCGUCCUGCCAAUGCGCCUCCAACCGACCUCCUUCACCAUAAGGAGGAGAACAUCAACUUGAAAAAUAUCAACCCUCGCGGCGAAAUCCUCUUCUCUUCCGCCGUCAAUCCCCACUUCAUUGACCAGUAUAAACUCUAUAGAAAUCAGUGGGAAAUCCGCCAGAAAAAAACAUGA